GAGCUGUUCAACGAAGGGGGGUUGUUCAUAGAGACACGCGUCGGAGGAUUUGCGACACUUGCCUGAACUCGAAGCCCGGGAAGGAACGCGCUGCUCCCUCUCUGUAGUUCGCUUGCUUUGUCGACGAGCUAAGCUGAAACUUUGUGCUAGCGGUUGAGACAAGAGCAACUGCAGAACUCCAAAGACGAGGACGAUCCUAAGGAAGGAGUGAUUAACCCCUCAGCAAAGGCCUAGGGUUCAAUUCCGAUGGCGCGUUUUGAGGUUAUGCUGCUAUUGAUGUCGGUCCUGGUCGCCGUCACGGUGCUGCAGUGUCGUGCUGACGAAGAAAACACCGCAGACGAGGAUCAAGUCAAACAGGUUCUCCAAGAGAUCUACGAUGAACCUGACGAGGAUAAACGAGCCAAUCGCUACAGAACCCUCAACAGGAGGCCGGGCAAUAGGAGGGUUAUUAAGUCUGACCCAGCAAUGCAAGAAGAAGAAGGAGAGGAGGCAAACGCAGAGGAAAAGCGUGGAAACAGGUUCCGCACCGUGGGCGGCCGACCAAGGAAUAGGAUGAUGCGAGUUACCAAGUCCGAUCCGGAAGUAGAGUCUGGAGAGAAUCUUGAGGCAAAUGACGAAGAGAAGAGGGGCAACAGGUUCCGUACUGUGGGAGGCCGUCCUAGAAAUAGGAUGAUGCGAGUUACUAAGUCUGAUCCGGAGGCGGAAGGGGCACAAGAUGCUCUGGAGGCAAACGAGGAGAAGAGAGCUAACAUGUACCGUUCCAGUGGCCGGAGCCGUAUGCGAGGUGGCAGGUAUUAGAUAUACCGAUACCAGAGGAUUGCCUGUGAAGAAUCUUUCAAACUACGAUUCUCUUGUGUUGUGUUCUAAUGGAUAUAUACAUUUCAAUUAUUGGCACCUUUGGUUUGUAAUUUGGAGUUUGGUCAUGUAUACCAUGCUUUCCAGUUAAUAUCAAACAGCAACUACGUUAAGGAUUUUGAAGUACAGGCAAUUCAUGUGAUUUUUAAAAUCAUGAACCACCAAGUAAGGUCCUUGAUGGUGUAACUAUUUCACUGGCAAGAUAAAACUUGUAAUGUGUUUAUUGGCACGAUUGGAUAAACGCAACUGGUGUCAUUUGAAAAAUAAAAACUAUGGACCAAGGCUCAAAAUGAGAUGACACUUAGUAACCCUAACGUUUUGGAAGGAUUAUAGUAAUAUGAUUGAUUUAACUACUUGUUUAACAACUUGUCUUUCGUGGUUGUAAAUAGGUAACCUCUUUAAGUGUCUUUCUGCCUACGUUCGUCAUAAUGAUCAGCUGGCAAAAUGAUAACCAGAUAUUAAAAUAUAUAAGAAAUAAAAUAUAUUCUAUAGUGUGAGAUAUUUAAAUCUUACGGCUUGUGCAUCAUGACGCUUGUGAAAAUGCAGAUUGAAUUAUUGCGUGUAAAUAACAGCAUAUUAAUAUAAACAGCAUGUAUUAAAUACUCCCGAAUUGUGUUUUCGUCCCUGUAGUGAUUUGCCCUUACGUCUUUGUUACUCAAUGCAACAAAUCUGCUAGAAUAAUUCAAAGAAUUAUCAUCCAAUUAAUUAAAUAAAUUUUCAAUAAUGUAUAUUAGAUUUUACCCACGGUCACACAUGCAGCGUGGUUCCACAAAGUGCAGUUCAGAAAAUUUUCAGACAUUUUCAAACGAACGAACGGAAAAUCUUCACACUUAACUAUUUUACUGGAAGGACGAAAAUAUUGCCCAAUUUUACCGGAGAACAAUCAAACUUAGUCCAAAUAUUCUGAUAAAUGUGUUUUUAAAAAACUGACUUGGUCCCAAAAAGCAUAACAAAACCGAUGUGGGGCUGAAAUAAAAGUUCUUUACCGUGCCUGCCGCUUCAAUUUCUGACAAAUAUUAUUCAAAUAAAACAUGGUCAACUGUGCUGCAUGUAAUUUCAAAAUACUGCAUUAAAUUUUAAGUACCAAAAGAUCUGGGUGAAGCCAAAUGUCGAUUAAUUUCAUAUGCUUUAUUGAAUUCAUAAUUUCCUACUUUCAUUUGAUGCGCGCUAUAUUUACUUUUAGCACUUGCGUGAAGGGUUGUUGAAAAUUCCUUAAUAUUAACUAGACGUUGCAACAUGAAAUAGAGUGUUAAAUGAAGUCGAAACAAGUUUGGACAUAAUAUUAUUUCACUCCAUUGUAGUCAGUGAAGCAUCCAACCUGGAACAUUUCAUGUUGUGUUGAUCACAAUUUACAUUUUGCGGGUAAUAUUCCAAAAUGUAUUUGCCGGUCUGAUUAAAACUAACCAUUUCCCGUAAAAACA